AUGCCUUCCACACACAACAGAGACAAGCCCUGGGAUACCCCAGACAUAGACAAGUGGGCUAUGGAGGAGUUCAAGCCCGAGCACAACGCGUCCGGGCUCCACUUUGCUGAAGAAUCCUCGUUCAUGACCCUCUUCCCCAAGUACAGAGAACAAUACUUGCGCACGAUAUGGAGCGACGUGACCAAGGCGUUGGAAAAGCACUUCAUCAAGUGUGAGUUGGACUUGGUUGAGGGAGCCAUGACCGUCAAAACCACCGCCAAGACGUUCGACCCUGCCAUGAUCAUCAAGGCCCGUGACUUGAUCAAAUUGUUGGCCAGAUCGGUGCCUUUUCCCCAAGCCAUCAAGAUCUUGCAGGACGACGUUGCAUGUGAUGUGAUCAAGAUCGGAAACUUUGUCACCAACAAGGAAAGAUUCAUCAAGAGAAGACAGAGACUUGUGGGUCCCAACGGAAACACCUUGAAGGCGUUGGAGUUGUUGACCAAGUGUUAUGUGUUGGUCCAGGGUAACACCGUCAGUGCCAUGGGUCCCUGGAAGGGGUUGAAGGAGGUCAGAAGAGUGGUCGAGGACUGUAUGCAAAACGUGCAUCCUAUUUAUUACAUCAAGGAGUUGAUGAUCAAGCAAGAGUUGGCCAAAAACCCCGAUUUGGCCGAGGAGGACUGGUCGAGAUUCUUGCCCAGCUUCAAGAAGAGAAACGUGGCCAGAAAGAAGGCCAAGACCACCAAGAGAGAGAAGAAGGUGUACACUCCAUUCCCACCAGCACAGACACCAAGAAAGGUUGAUUUGCAGAUUGAGAGUGGUGAGUAUUUCCUUGGUAAGAAGGAGAAGGAGUUGAAGAAGUUGAGAGAGAAGCGUGAAAAGCAGGAAGAAGUCAGCGAGACCAGAAAGCAGGAGAGAGACCAGGACUUUGUUGCUCCUGAAGAGGACGACUAUGAGAACAAGUUGGUGAAGAAGGACAAGAAGGAAAAGAAGGAAAAGAAGGAGAAGAAGGAGAAGAAGGAGAAGAAGCACAGAAGAGACGACGACGAGGACGACAAGCCCUCGAAGAGAUCCAAGGCAUAA